CCGUGCGCGUCGGUUGUCUGCGAGAGGACUGCUUCGCCGCGUUGUGUUACGAAAAACAUCUUUUGUACCAAAACCAAACCAGUGCUGUGGAUUACAACCAAGUGCUCAUGUGAGAUUGUGCCAUUACUUGUGAUGUUCAGUGUACGAGAUGCUAUAGUGGAUUUCUGUUGAAAACUGUGGGACGGGUUCCGCCUGCCGCCGCCGGACGCCUUUUCUCUCCGAUCUCGGGAUAUCAUUAAGAUGAUAACCGAGGAUGAGCUGUCAAUUUGACGUAGCUAAUGGUCACUAGUGCUGCCAUGGAGCCAAUAACCGAUACCAUCUUGGCUCCACUAGACAACCUUACCAGAAGAAGGAACAAUCUCCGUUCCCUCCUAGAAGACAGAGGAGGCAGAAUAGGCUUUAAAAGAAAUGUCUUUGACAAAGACAAAGCUAGCAGUAAAAGUAUAGACUUUAAAUUAAGUGAUUGUGAGAAACGUUCGAAGGGAGGGUUUGGUAGAAGGUGCUUUAGGCUAAAAACUCUAGUGAUUAUAGUAUGUGUGUCGGUGUUCCUUGGGACGAGUUUGGAUGCGGAAGCGAGAAGUGCAGAACCAAGAUACGAGACAGCGUACGCCUGCGAAGGCAAGACCUUGAAGAUCGGCUGUGGGGAAGGCUACGUCAUCCAUCUCAUCAGGGCCAACUAUGGCCGCUUCUCCAUAACCAUAUGCAACGACCAUGGCAAUACCGACUGGAGUGUCAACUGCAUGUCCACGAAGAGCUUGAGGGUGCUGCAUAGCAGAUGUAGUAUGCACCAGAAUUGCAGUAUACAAGCCAGCACGAGUAUAUUCAGCGGGGACCCCUGCCCCAACACACUCAAGUAUCUUGAAGCACACUACCAAUGUGUACCAGCAUCAACAACAAGCACGACAAACCGUCCGUCUCCCCCUUGGCUGAUCACAUCCCAGCCAACGGUGUGGAGGUCAACGGCCCCACCAGUGCCCAAGAACCCGGUACAAACCCAACAAGGGGAGAGGAAGAAGCCCACAGUCAUAACUCCCCCCACGUUCAGGCCACAUAUCACCUUACCCCCUGAAGUGAAGCUUGGAGAUGUUGGGACUAAGGCCACGACCAAGCAACCGGACACUUCAUCAGAAAGGGAACCACCACAGGUGCCAAGAGAAAACAUACCAGAAGUCAAGGAACAAACGCCUAAAGUCGCAGAACCAGACAACAGUGCCAGGAAUGAUAAACCGAAGGAAGAUGAUAGUGUCUCAGUAACGGAAGAAACUCUACACUGGCCCGUGAAAGAUGAAAAUUCAGAUGCCACUGCACCAGUCCACACACCACCAAAAGAUACCCUGAUACCCUCUGACGUCGAUGUCGAUGGUGAUUUUGACAAGACUUACUCUACAAGUCGAACACCAAUUCUUGGCAGAAGAGCAUACUGCCCUCAAGUGAAUGCUCGCGGUCUUCAUUGGAACUGGACUCUUGCUGGGACUUAUGCUGUACAGCCUUGCCCGGGUGGUGCCACGGGCUUGGCUAGGUGGAAGUGCACGUUAUCAUCUCAUCAUCACAACGCUGAUGAUGACCGUCCCAGGAGAAGGAAUCCUGGUCUGCAAUCCGGGGAGAACUUCCACGACUUGGGUCUAGACGCGCCUACUGAUAGACAGAUGCAGCUCAUCAGGAGAUUGGGAUCUGAAGCUCUUCUUAAAGGUCGAGAUGGCGAUCCACCUGAGCACGUGAUAGACUAUCGAGGCAGUCCCAACCUACCUGACGCACAAGCUUCAAGCACCAAUCCUGUCAACGAAGAGUAUUAUGCGGACACAAUACCAGAAUGGCACGGACCAACCCCAGACCUGAGUGAAUGUCGCUCAGUGUGGUUGAACAGCUUGGAAGCCAGGGUCAGGGAAGGAGAGUCCUUGCUCAGCAUUAGCAAUGAUUUAGCUCAGGUGACCUCUUCAAAGACCCUGUACGGCGGAGACAUGAUGACGACAACCAGUAUAAUGAAGAAGUUGGCACAGAGGAUGUCGCAGAAUGUCCAGACAUUCCCAGACCCGAGACAGCGGGAAGCUAUUGUUACUGAUAUGCUACUUGGAGUUAUUAAGACUGGAUCGAAUCUUCUAGAAGAGAGCCAACGGGCUUCAUGGGCAGACCUUAGUACUGAAGCGCAGAACAGAGUGGCGAGUGCCCUCCUCACGCAGUUAGAAGAAAACGCCUUCCUUCUAGCAGAUGCUGUUACCAAGGAGAAGACAAUCUUGCAGAUUGUUAAAAACAUCUGUUUAUCAGUGCGUGUGCUAGAAGUGAAGAACGUAGAAGAUGAGACAUUCCCGUCUGUUAUUGCGCAGGAGCAAUGGAAGGCUUCAGAGGACACCAUCACUAUACCAAAGGCUGCUUUACUUGAUAACCGCCAAAAUGACCUAGUCCGUAUAGUAUUCUUCGCGUUCGAUCGUCUCGAACAGAUCCUGCCUCCGACCUUCGGGAAGACUCCUCAAUUCGCCGCCUUCUCAUCAGACACCGCUUCCACCACCAGCCUCAACUCUGAGCGAGAGAAGAAAAAUAUCAGCAGGGUGCUCAAUUCUAAGGUCAUAUCAGCGAGCUUGGGCAACGGCCGACAUAUCCAACUGUCGCAGAUGGUACAUAUCACGAUGAAGCAUCUCAAGACUGAGAACGUUACCAAUCCUGCCUGUGUCUUCUGGGAUUAUACAUUGCACGGCUGGUCUCCAGAAGGUUGCCAAGUGGAAUGGUCAAACCUCACCCAUACAGGCUGCGCCUGCUCACAUCUCACCAACUUCGCCGUGCUAAUGGACGUACACGGCGUCGCAAUUGGUGCAAAACACCAGAUGGCGUUACGGCUCCUUACUCUGAUUGGCUGCGCCAUCUCUGCUGUCGCGCUAUUGGCUGCAAUUAUUGUGUUCCAGUGCUUUAGGAACAUGAAGUCGGAUCGAGUGUUGAUCCAUAAGAACCUCUGCGCCUGUCUUCUGAUCGCGGAGGUAGUCUUCAUGCUUGGUAUUGACCAGACGCAGGACCGCAUUUUGUGCGGAGUCAUCGCUGGAUUGCUACACUACUUCUUCUUGGCUGCCUUUGCUUGGAUGUUUCUAGAAGGAUUCCACCUCUACGCGAUGCUAGUAGAAGUCUUUGAGCCGGAGCGGCCUCGCGCUCGCUGGUACUGCGCAAGCGCUUACCUGGCACCAGCUUUGGUAGUACUUGCCAGUGCCGCUGCCUUCCCCGCUGGAUACGGCACUUCGAGGCACUGCUGGCUGUCCACUGACAGGCUGUUUGUUAUGAGCUUCGUGGGUCCCGUUGCUUUGGUGCUAGCGGCCAACUGGAUCUGUCUAAGCAUGGUGAUCUACAUGAUGUGCCAUCACUCCACUGUCUCUAUCAAGGCGAAAGAGAACUCCAAGCUGUACAAGAUCAGGGUAUGGCUGAACAGUUCUCUGGUACUAGCGUUCCUGUUGGGGCUGACGUGGACCUUCGGGCUGCUGUACCUGAACGAGCAGACGGUCGGCGUCGCAUACGCGUUCACGAUACUCAACUCGCUGCAAGGGCUCUUUAUCUUCAUCUUUCAUUGUCUCCAGAAUGAGAUUUUCCAAAAGGAAUGCGCGCGUUUGGGCCGCAGACAUCCGUGGUUAUCCUGCUGUCUUUACUUCACAACCAGCUCGUCCCAGCCAUUACCUCACAACAACGCGGCUACUGCCUCUUGCUCCAACCAUGUUGACACACGUCAAGGCUCUACCAAAGGUCGGAGGUACCACCAGAGUGCUGCGGCUGAUAGCGAAGAUGUAGUUGAUCCUAGAGAUGUUACGAGCUACAACUUACAACAGCCCGAGUCAAGAUGGAACAUAAGACCUACCGCGCCGAUAUACGUCCCGAGCGAUGAGGCAAGAGCGGUGCGCGUGCCGACACCGCAAAAUAUACCGCAUAGCUCUUCACACUCUCAAAGUAUCGCGUCGAUGCAUAGCUACAGAAACAAUAUGGACGUUAACGAUUACCAGAACCUUCGAUCGCGGUCGCCAUCUUGCUUCUCUAACAAAAUGGCCGCGUCUAUUGGCGCGAACGAGUGGGCCGGCGCGGGGGGAUGGAAGAACACUUCUUCUAAACACCACGGGAACACGGCGACUCUGCCCCAUCACGACACGAUCUCGCGUCAGAUGGCGCAACAGAACCAUUUGCAUGUCCAAUACGGUGACUGUGACGUGCCCAUCGCUCCUGGCUCCCCAAGACACAUCGUCAAGGACGAGGAAAGUCCCCUCCAUCAUCCCCAAGGCUAUCAGACCACAAGGAGCUACAAUCAUGACUUCAGGAACCCUCACGUCUUCAUGUCCCAACACUCUCCAGGUAGCCAAGAAAUGAUCUUCAGAAAACACUACAAAGACGAAAAUAGGCGCAAGCACCAUCACCACCACGGAAGCCAGAACAUAAACCACACUUAUUCCGAAAUAGCAUCGCAGCAAGGCAGGAUCUACCGACGAGGUUCCGAACAAGAAUUUCGAGUGAUCCAAGACGAUCCGGUUUACGAAGAAAUAGAGAGAAAUGAGACUCUGAUGUCAGAUAUGUCUGAUGAUAAUUCUGGCCCGGAUAACUGCCGGCAGAACGUAGGGCACCACGGGUCUUCGGGCUCCAAGUUUUUUGGGGACCACCGCCCCUUGAUUUCAUACAGUCCGGGGGACAGGCAUCACCACGAUGAACACUAUGGAAAGUACGGGAAAUGGGACACGUAUGAUCCGAGGCACGCGUAUGAGAGCGGCAGACUGAUGCACCCGUACCACCAACCACAAGAGAACAACAUGAGGGCUCUAGCGGCAGUUCUGAAUGGAGAAAACAACGUCGUCUGCCACUUGGAGCCCCACAACUCCUAUGACGUCUAUCAGCCCCAACCGGGCAACCCUAGGACUGUAUCCCAGCCCAGUUUUUAAAGACUUAACAGUGCAAUUUCAGUGAUUACAAAGUGUGAACCAAGGUUUGAGUGUUAGUGACUUUGGGAAAGUUGUACAGAAAAUAGUAAAUUUUUCUAUGGACGUAGACAUAGUCGUAUAGUGACACAAGUGAUAGCGUUUACGUAGAAACUUGCCAUAAUGUGGACUUUAAAACAUAAUUAUAGACGGAUAGGCUUUUGGCACUUUGGGAAACUCGCAUAUCACAUACAUGACGUAAACAAUUCAUCCUUCUAGACCUUUCUUUCAAGUGGAAAGCUGUGAAAACUCUCCGUCUCUUUCCUACUUGUGAGUAAGUUCUCCUUUAAAUAGAGAUAGCAUGAAUUUAUCAAGUCUUUCAUUAUGAUGAUGUGUGAGUCUUCUGAAAUGUAGGGCCUUAGUUGUUAAACGUAACUUUAAAUCACUUUUUCCACUGUGAUCCUAUUUAAUGUUAAAAGCUCAAGUGUCAUUGUCGCGACCACUUUUACUUUAAAAGGCGGAGUAGUAAUU